AUGGAAGAAGCUGCCAUUGUUGUGGAUCGAGCUGCUGCAAAAGAAAUGAACAGGAAUUUGAUCAGUAUGAAUGAUCCUUUGAAUCUGCAAUCUUCAGACCAUCCAGGUAUGGUUUUGGCUAUCGCACCUUUGGUUGGGAGUAAUUUUAGAUCUUGUUAUAGGGCUAUGAAAAUAGCACUUGGGGAAAAACAAAAGUUAGGGUUUGUUGAUGGAACAAUAAAUGUUCUAGCUGAAGGAAUAGAGGCUUUUGAACAAUGGAAGAGAUGUGAUUAUGUGGUCACAUCUCGGAUACUAAAUUCGAUAUCCAAAAACAUUGCAGAAGACUUCAUUUACACUACUUCUUCUAAGGAAAUGUGGGAUGAAAUUUCUGAAAGGUUUGGAGAAAGUAACAGGCCGAUGAUCUAUCAGCUACAGAGGAAGGUUUCAUCAGUUUCGCAAGAAAAUAUUCAGUUGCAUCUUACUUCACAAAGCCAAAAAAGGCUUUGGGAUGAGUUGGAUAGUAUUGAUGUUCUGCCUCCAUUUACUUGCGGAGUAUCAAAAGAAAUUGCAGAAAGUACUAAUAGGAAUAGGCUAAUGCAGUUUUUAAUGGGCCUAAAUGAUGUGCUUGAACCAACUAGGAAUCAGAUUCUUCUAAUGGAUCCGUUGUGUCACGCCUUACCCCUUUGUAAGGCAUAA